AAUCUCAACAUAGGCACACUAAUACACGAUCAUCAUAAAUUGACCAUUUUGUCCCUCGUGGUAGGCCGUAGCCAUACCAGUGCCAGGAGAGAAAGACGCAGCAGAGACAGUGAGAAGAGAGAGAUUCUCAUCUGAAGGUUGAAGCUUUCCUGUCAGUUCCUGUUUGGUGGCCUGUCCCUUGUGACCUAAAUGCUAAAUCCCCUCCCUUAAUCUCUCUCUCUCUCUCUCUCUCCCUCUCCCUCUCUCUCUCUCUCAUUUCUUGCUGCGUAACUCUUUCAUCGGUCUCCGAUCCCAAAGCAUAACAAAAAGAAGACGAUGCCGGGUCUUGUCUCGGUCAAGACGCCACCCGAGGCAACCCCUCUCCGCAUCUCCGUUCCCGAGAUCGAACCCCAGUCCCAGCCUCAGCCACAGCCUCAGUUUCAGUCUCAACCACGACCCGAACCAGCUGUUCCCAAAACGCCAAACAAGAAGCCUCCUUCUUCAUCCCCUUCUCGAUCUAAACCUUCUCCGACCCGCUCCGCUAAGAAGCCCCCGCCCGACUCCCCCAACCCGCUCCUGCUCUCUGACGCCUCCCUUGACAACCCGGAUCUCGGUCCUUUCCUUCUCAAGGUCGCCCGUGAUACCAUUGCGUCCGGGGAGGGUCCUGGUAAGGCUCUAGAUUACGCAAUUCGUGCGUCUAAGUCGUUUGAGCGAUGUGCCGUCGAUGGGGAACCGAGUUUGGAUCUCGUUAUGAGCCUGCACGUGCUGGCUGCUAUUUAUUGCAGUCUAGGGAGGUUCGACGAGGCAGUGCCCGCUCUCGAGAGGGCCAUUAAGGUGCCGGAUUUGUCUAAAGGGAUGGAUCACGCGCUUGCUGCGUUUUCUGGGUAUAUGCAGUUGGGGGAUACCUAUUCGAUGCUUGGACAGGUCGAUAAGUCCAUUGCCGCUUAUGAGGAUGGACUUAAGAUUCAGAUCGAGGCUUUGGGAGAGACCGAUCCCAGAGUUGGGGAGACUUGCAGGUAUUUAGCUGAGGCCAAUGUUCAAGCCAUGAACUUUGAUAAAGCAGAAGAAUUGUGCAAGAAAACUCUUGAAAUUCAUCGUGCUCAUAGUGAACCAGCAUCAAUUGAAGAGGCAGCUGACCGUCGACUGAUGGCCCUCAUAUGUGAGGCAAAGGGAGAUUAUGAAUCAGCUCUCGAGCACCUAGUUCUUGCCAGUAUGGCAAUGAUUGCAAAUGGACAAGAGAAUGAAGUUGCUGCUAUUGAUGUCAGCAUUGGAAACAUUUACAUGUCUCUGUGCCGCUUUGACGAGGCCAUAUUCUCUUACCAAAAGGCACUUACUGUCUUCAAGUCAUCAAAGGGUGACAACCACCCUUCAGUUGCCUCUGUCUUUGUGCGCCUUGCAGACUUAUAUAACAGGACAGGAAAGCUCAGAGAAUCAAAGUCUUAUUGUGAAAAUGCUCUGAGGAUAUACGCAAAACCUGUUCCUGGAACCACACCGGAAGAGAUUGCUAGUGGACUGACUGAGAUUUCAGCCAUUUAUGAGUCUGUGGAUGAACCUGAGGAGGCAUUGAAGCUCUUGCAGAAGGCCAUGAAAUUGUUGGAGGAUAAACCAGGACAGCAAAGCACUAUUGCGGGAAUAGAAGCACGAAUGGGGGUGAUGUUUUACAUGGUUGGGAGAUAUGAAGAAGCAAGAAACUCUUUUGAGAGUGCUGUAGCAAAACUUAGAGCCAGUGGGGAGAGGAAGUCGGCCUUCUUUGGUGUUGUCCUGAACCAGAUGGGAUUGGCUUGUGUACAGCUGUUCAAGAUAGAUGAGGCUGCUGAGUUGUUUGAAGAAGCAAGGGGGAUACUGGAGCAGGAGUGUGGUCCUUGUAAUCAAGAUACUCUUGGAGUAUAUAGCAAUCUUGCGGCAACCUAUGAUGCUAUGGGGAGGGUUGACGAUGCGAUUGAGAACUUGGAAUAUGUUCUUAAACUAAGAGAGGAAAAGCUUGGGAUUGCAAAUCCUGAUUUCGAAGAUGAGAAGAAUAGGCUAGCUGAGCUUCUGAAAGAAGCAGGCAGGGCUCGCAACAAAAAGGCAAAAUCACUGGAAAAUCUUAUAGAUAAGAACUCAAGGAGGACCAAGAAAGAUUCAACAAAGAGGUGGCCUGGCCUGGGUUUUAGAAUUUGAGCAAGUAUUAAUUUCUCAUAUUUAUCUCCACGUGCACAUUCUGUAACAUAGAAGGUCAUGUAUAGUGUCAAUGUUGUAAUCUGGUGCGUUUUGCUGUUUCUUGAGCUUUGAAGUCCUGAUUUGUUUGCCACAUUUAAUUGUUUUUAUUGUCUGUCUGUGUUGGGACAUAAAAGUUGUUCACCGAGAAGAAGAAUGUUCAAUUGAGCAAAUAAAUUUUGAAGAUAUCCUUUUUUUUUAA